AUGGAGUCUACAUAUCCUCUUGCAGGGCCCCAGAUGAAUACCAGAUUUUCUUCAAGCAGGAUGGUGCCUUUCUAUUUUCCUCCAUCAAAAUGUGCACUUUGGAACCCAGUGCCAAUUGGAGAUUUCAUCUACUUACAUCUCCGUUACUACAGAAAUCCAAGGCUUGUGGUAACUGAAAAGACCAUCCGACUUGCUUGUCGUCAUGCUAAACAGAAUAAAAACAACUUGCCAUGCUUUUUACUUGGUUCUCUCACAGUAGAUGAAGAUGAAGAAAGUGUGACAUUGACAAUAGAUCGUUUUGAUCCUGGUCGAGAGGUACCUGAAUUAUUGGAGAGAAUCCCUACUGCUUUUCUUCCUGGGGACUUUGUAAUCCCAUGCAAAAUUCAUACUCAAGGACUUUGUUCAAGAGAAAUAAUUCACAAUGCAGAUGACUUUAAUUCAGCUUUCAAGGCUCUGCAGCAUCAUGUGUGUAGCAAAGAGUCCUUGGACUGUGGAAAACUACUUGCCCUGAGAGCUCACAUCACUUCCAGGGAGAGUCUGGACACUGUGGAUUUCGACUUGGAUUGGGCAGCAGUAACUCUAGCAAACACCUUUAAGUGCACACCUGUUAAACCCAUCCCCAUCAUUCCAACAGCUCUAGCAAGAAAUUUGAGCAGUAAUCUGAAUAUUUCUCAAGUUCAAGGUACCUAUAAAUAUGGAUAUCUCACCAUGGAUGAGACACGCAAGCUAUUACUUUUGCUGGAAUCUGAUCCCAAGGUCUAUUCUCUACCGUUAGUGGGAAUCUGGCUGUCUGGAAUUAUACAUAUCUAUAGUCCUCAGGUAUGGGCCUGCUGCUUGCGAUACAUGUUCAGUUCUUCUAUUCAAGAAAGGGUGUUUUCAGAAUCUGGAAAUUUCAUCAUAGUUCUCUAUUCUGUGACACAUAAGGACCCUGAAUUUUAUGAAUGCCUCCCUUGUGAUGGCAGGUUACCUGACCUUCGAUUCCAGCUACUAACCAGCAAGGAAACCUUACGCCUUUUCAAAAAUGUUGAACCUUCUGACAAAAAUCCCGUCUGUUUUGAACUGAGCGCUGAAGACCAGAAUGCAGAAAGAGAUUUUUUUAAAAAAGUUUCCAAGAAUCUUUCAAUUAAGAGCUCUUCCCAGAAGUUACCUCCAGGGAAAAUGCCAACGAAUGAUCAUGACUCUGGUGUUGAAGAUGAAGAUGUUUCUCCAAGACCAAUUCCUAGUCCUCAUCCAGUGAGUCAGAAGGUUUCUAAGAUCCAGCCAUCAGUUCCUGAACUUUCACUUGUGUUGGAUGGAAACUCCAUAGAACCAACCCCUGUGCCCAACCCAUUGGAAAUGGUGAAUAAUGAAAAUCCUCCUUUGUUGAUUAACCAUUCUGAGCACCUUGAGCAGUCACAACCCCAGCUUUGUGAUGAGAAACACAGACCAGAAGCAGAAGCUGGAGAGCCUUCCUUCAGAGGGCUACCAAAUCAAUUAAACCAAGACACUGCUCCUUUGAGACACUGCAAAGUAAGACAGCUGUCUACCUGCAAGAAAGGGAACUCUCAUAUCAGGAACAGUAGUAAGCCCUCUUUUAAUGGACUGUCUUCAGAUACAUCUGAAAAGCUUCAAACAGUUUCUGCUGCAAAUGUACACAAAGAAGAGUAUCCUGUAAGAUCCUCCACGUUUAAUUCCAAGCACUCUUCUCUUGCCCCACAGUCCCACCCACAUAAUUUUGUUUUUUCACCCCAUAAUUCAGGAAGACCAAUGGAAUUUCAAAUACCUACUCCCCCGCCACCGUCUUACUAUUCCACAAAUGUUUGCAGUUGUUGUCAGCAUCGUGGCCAUAUUCAGUAUAGCCCAAUAAAUUCUUGGCAAGGAAUGAAUACAGUAGGAUCUGUUCAAGACCUCAAGUCUGAAACCCUUCAGAAACAUUCAUUAUUUCAUCCAAGUGGAUGUCCAGCUCAGUACCAUAAUGCAUUCUUUUCUUCAAGUAGUCCUGUAGCCUUGAGACCUCAGGGAAACAUGGGGGGUUGUUCUUCCCGCAGCAAUGUAGAACCAUCACCUGUGGCAAGACUGCCUCCACACGUGGACUUCUGUAACCCCUGGCCUUGUGCAGUAUGUGUGCACACGCCCAAGACUGGCUCAGAUGAUGGAAUGAUGGGACUGUCUCCAGAUGCGUAUAGGUUCAUCACAGAGCAAGACAGGCAGCUGCGACUACUUCAAGCACAGAUUCAGCGUUUGUUAGAAGCACAGUCUCUGCAGCCCUGUUCCUCUAAGACAACCACUGUUGAAGACACAACGCAAGCUGCAAGACAAAUGGAGUUGGUUUCCAUGGAAGCACAGUCUCCCCCUGCUUUGCACAUGAGAAAAAGUGUAAGCAUUGCUGUGAGCACAGGUGCCAGCUUGUUUUGGAAUGCGGCAGGUGAUGAUCAAGAGCCUGAAUCUCAGCUGAGGCAAGAUGAUACCAAGAUUUCCAGUGAGGACAUGAAUUUUUCUGUUGAUAUUAAUAAUGAAGUCACAAGUACUCCAGGUAGUGCAUCUUCGUUAAAAGCUGUUGAUAUUCCCAGUUUUGAAGAGAGUAACGUUGCUGUGGAAGAAGAAUUUAAUCAGCAACUUUGUAUAUCCAACAGCUCUUCUCCACUUGAGAGAAAAGAACCUGAUGUACCUGUAUUCUUUCCGAAUCCCCUGCAAGCAGAGUGUGUAAGCAUGUGCUUCCAGAGUGGACCAACAGAGGGUGCCACUAAUAGCUCUGGACCAUCAGGGGAACCCAAAACCGAGCAAGUCACGCAGCCCUUGCCUCAUCAACCAUCAGAUAGCCAGCAACUAUUCCAGGAUGUGCUGAGUCAAGGGAACCACCUACCGAAUAACUCCGCCAAAGUAACUAAGGAGCCAUCUACCAAAGCAGUUAUUAUCAGUCAUGAGUGCACCAAAAACCAGAAUGUUUACCAUACUAAGAAAAAAAUACAUGAUUCAGGAUCGGUGGACAAAGAAUGUGUUCUUAAUGCAACUCUUAAGCAACUUAGAAGCUUUGGAGUAAAAAUUGAUUCUCCAACUAAAGUGAAGAAAAAUGCACAUAAAGUGGAUCAUGCCAGUGUGUUGGCAUGCAUCAGCCCCGAAGCAGUGAUCUCUGGAUUAAACUACAUGUCAUUUGCUAACGUUGGCAUGAGUGGCUUAAGCCCCAAUGGUGUGGACUUGAGCAUGGAAGCAAAUGCUAUAGCUCUGAAAUAUUUAAAUGAAAAUCAGCUGUCACAGUUGUCUCUCACACGAUCAAGCCAAAAUAAUGGUGAUUCACCUUUUAGCCUUCUACAUAUUAAUACAGACAGAAGCACAGUGGGGCUUAGUUUAAUUUCGCCAAACAACAUGUCAUUUGCAACCAAAAAAUACAUGAAGAGAUACGGACUCAUACAAAGCAGCGACAAUAGUGAAGAUGAAGAGGAGCCUCCGAACAAUACAGAUGGCAAGAAUGAACAUUUAGUGAAUCAAAACCUUACAUACAUAGCGGAACAACUUGAUUGCCGGAAAGAGCCUUCCAGGAAUGCUGGUGAGAUAACUAAUUGUUACAACUGUGACUCCGUGGGUACCCACACAGAUAUGCCAGUAUUGAGAAACAUUACAAAUGAAGUUGUUCAGCCAAAAGCAACACAGCAGUUGAAUGAAAACCCCACUUUCUUAUUAAAGAACCUGAAACCAAGCCCUGCAGUGAAUCUCCGAAUUGGAAAAGCAGAAUUUACCCAGCAUCCUGAGAAAGAAAAUGUAAGGGACACUCCAGUUUUUCCUGAAAGUUUGAAACCUUCUGAAACCUUAAAGGAAAUGAAUAGUAUGAAUUCAGUAGGCACCUUCUUAGAUGUAAAGCGUCUUAGGCAGUUGCCAAAAUUAUUUUAA